UCUGUCAGGCUGCGUAAUCAACUGAUGGACACACAGAGGCUCACUUGCUUUCUCUUUCUCUGUUCUGUACACAGUCUAAUCUGGACAGGACAUUUUUUUGUGGACUUUUAUCGUUUUUUUAUUCCAUGACUCAUCUGUGAGGUUAAAAAGAGUCUCAAACCAUCUUUCCCUCACCCUCGUGGAUCUUGCUUUCUCCUGUUCCGAUUUUUUCUUCUCUUUUCCUCAUCGCCUGCUCUCCUGCCUUCAGAGUAACCCUUCCUUUUUUCCCCCGAUCUCCUUUUCAUCCCAUCUUCUACCUUUCCCUCCUUCCUUGUGCGUGGUUUUUGGGCCAUGCUCUCCUCACCCACUGUGAUUCUGCAGCCUUACGGACUCCCCGUCUACCCACAGACCACCACAUGCUACCCCAGCCUAGUUCAGGGGGGCCCCUCCCAGGAGGCCGGCCCCGGCAGCGUGGACCCCGCCCUGUCUCAGGUCUACGCCCCGCCGCCCUCCUACCCUCCUCCCGGUCAAGGGCCACCGACGUCCGCGAGCAGACUGCCACCCCUUGAUUUCACCUCCGCACACCACAGUGCAGAGUACCCCGAGCAUCCGCAGCUCAGAGUGUAUCAGGGGCCCCAGCUGGAGGGGGCGGAGGCUCUGACGUCCAGUAACACGGAGGACGUUUUGGCCCCUUUGACCUCUGACCCCCAGUCUCUGAGCGUGUCGGUGUCAUCGGGGGGCGGAGCGGGAAGUGGAAGUGAUGAGGAGGGGUCAAGUAAGGCCCAACCGAAGCGCCUGCACGUCUCCAACAUCCCGUUCCGCUUCAGAGACCCGGACCUCCGCCAGAUGUUUGGGCAAUUUGGGAAGAUCCUUGAUGUAGAAAUAAUCUUCAAUGAGAGGGGGUCCAAGGGCUUUGGAUUUGUCACCUUCGAGAGUGCAAGUGAGGCCGACCGAGCAAGAGAAAAGCUCAACGGGACGAUCGUGGAGGGGAGAAAGAUUGAGGUCAAUAACGCCACUGCAAGAGUUGUUACCAAAAAGCCUCAGACUCCUCUGGUGAAUGCAGACAUUUCAACUUCUGGAUGGAAGAUCAACCCUGUGAUGGGGGCGAUGUACGCACCUGAACUCUACACAGUCGCCAGCUUCCCGUAUCCCGUGCCAACGCCCACGCUGGCCUACCGGGGCUCCGCGCUGCGUGGCCGCGGCCGAGCCGUCUACAACACCAUCCGCUCCGCUGCGGCCGCACCCACCGCUGUGCCCGGCUUCCCUGGGAUGGUAUAUCAGGAGGGGCUGUACGGAGCAGAGGUCUAUGGAGGCUAUCCGGCAGCUUACAGAAUGGCUCAAUCAGCAUCCGCUGCCACGGCGACCUACAGCGACGGAUACGGACGCAUUUACGCCACAGCUGCGGAUCCCUACCACCACUCAGUUGGACCAACAGCGACAUACGGAGUCGGUACGAUGGCCAGUUUGUACAGAGGAGGAUAUAACCGCUUCACCCCGUACUGAGCCACCCCGGGGGGAGGACGUCUCUUUUUAACUCUGGGAGCGGCUGGUCCACGGACACCUCAGGGCCGAUUGUGAGGUCGUUGGAAAAUGUGGAAAUUGUUUUAGUUUCCUGCCUCCGUCACAACCAAAGAGAGACUGAACAGACUGAUGUAAAUAGUGUAGGACCCAUCGUCCGGUCCGCUGACAAGCACUUGGCGUCUGAGAGAGGAUGCUGGGUGCGUAACGUAUAGACAGACGCUGAAAACCUUUAGAGGAUUUCUUGUUUUCUGAUUUUAAAGAGUACCGAUGUUGGCUGACACGUCGCAGGUUGGAGAUAAAUACUGUGAGAAUGAAUUUUUUGUGAGUCAAUGGCGGAAAGUUAGUUACUAGAAAAAGUUUGUACAAUGUUGAAUGAGUAUUAUUUGAAUAUUUAAAACAUCUGUGUGUGUGUGUGUGUGUGUGUGUGUGUGUGUGUGUGUGCAUAUGAGUGAGGGAACACAUAAAUAUUGUUCAGUUUGCGGCUCAACCAGGAGACACUGGUAUCAGCAUCACAAACAGCAGAACCAUAUUUGUCUGGAUGUAGUUUGGAAUUUCAUUUUGUUUGUUUGCAUCUCUAACAAUCUACCUCUCAAACAUAUUUCCCUUUUAAUACAGCGAUCUUUAUUAAUCCCCUGUUGAUUUCCCUGCUUGUGUUCUCUGAUUCUGCAGAUAGUUCUCUUCUCUCUUUCUGUCCAUUAAUGCUAAUUCAAGGUAGCAGAAGUAUUUUAAUCAGUACGUCACAAAGUGCUCACUGCUCAAGUGUCCUUCUCUGUUCUGUCGAAACUCCUGGUUCCUUAUUUCACGGCCUUUUGAGAUUCUUCUCUGUCCUUCCUCACUGAGAGCUGUUGAAUAACUUCUUGACUUGUAUUGAUCAUUUCUUCUUCUCUUUGUUUCUGUUGCAGUCUUUUCUGCUGUGUUUGAUUGUUACCUCUUAAUAAAACUAUUUUCUCUCUUUUC